AGCAAAUCAUCGACUUUCUCCUUGAUGUAGAACAGUACACCGCAGUCCGGCAAACAUGGCGAGGCGCGAUAUAGACGGAGAACUGAUUAACGUGGAAAAUGCACAUUCCGUUUUGCAGAUCUCAGUUGCGGCGCGCCAACUGAACUGAUCUCUUACUUUCCUUUUAAUUCGAUCCUUUAUGUGCAUAUCUGUUGUACACGCAUGUAACCGUUGUGAAUUAGUCAAGAUGGCCAGUGCUCAAGAUAUCGACACCCUCAUGGGGCACUUAGGUGAUUUUGGAAUCUACCAAGCGCUGCAGUUCACUUUGCACAUUCUGUCAGCCGCCACAGCAGGGCUAAACAUGCUUACCUUAGUCACAGUAGCUGCUGUACCUGAAUAUAGGUGCAAAAUCCCGAAUUACGAUACGAAUAAAACGGACAUGCAUUUAAAUGAAACUACCUUGGACAUGUACAUCCCCAGGCUUCCAUCAGGAAAGAUUGACAGCUGUUCUUUGAUAAAUACUACCACGAAUGCUAUCUACAAGUGUAACUCAUGGGUCUUCGACGAUACAUACUACGGGACCACCAGGGCAGUCGAAUGGAACCUGGUAUGUGACCGACGAUGGAUGGGAGCCGUAUCCCAAUCUGCAUAUAUGUUCGGUGUUUUCACAGGAGCGAUAUGGCUGGGAAACCUUGCUGACAAGAUUGGAAGAAAACCGGUGUUUUGCUGGUCCGCUGUAUUCCAAGUAGUAUUUGGGGUAGGGGUAGCAUUCACACCGGAGUAUAUAUCGUUCCUAGUUAUGAGAUACCUUUAUGGCAUUUUUGGAUCGGCAGGAAGCUAUAUCCCAGGUUUUGUUUUGACAAUGGAAUUGAUUGGUCCCAGUAAACGAUCUAUCUGUGGAGUUGCGUUUCAAGCAGCAUUUGCUACCGGCAUCAUGCUUGUAGCAGGUUGGGGAGCAAUAAUCAAAGACAGGCAGUUAUUGCAAAUUGUGUAUGGGUGUCACGCUCUUCUGCUUUGUGCACAUUUUUGGAUUAUGGACGAGUCACCACGUUGGCUUUGGGCAAACGGUCGUAAGUCUGAAGCUGUCUCAAUCUUGAACCGCGCCCUGAAGAUGAACAAAAGCACAGUAACCAUUACUCUGGACGACAUCAACAAAACUACUGAAGGCAAAAAGACCAGCGAUGACCAAGCAGGAAUGCUGAAUCUUUUCAAAACACCGAAUCUCAGAAAGAAAACUUUCAAUAUCAUGCUGUGUUGGUUCGCUAAUUCGUUGGUCUACUACGGAUUAUCGCUCAGUACGGGAAGUAUGACGGGAAACCCAUUUUUUGUGUUAUUUCUAAUGGGGUUUGUCGAGCUGCCUUGCUAUGUGGUGACUGUCUAUCUUAUGGAUAACCUCACAGUGCAGGAGACGGUUCUUCCACUCCUCAUAGCAGUGCUGUACCUCCGACACUGGAAUAACCUUCAGCUGGUCAGUUACUGCCGUUUGAAUAUUUUCGACUACUUCGAGAAGAGAAAAAGUCACAAAGGCUCAAGUCAGGCGAAUAAGGAGGCUGAGGAGCUACAGGAAUGUUUUCACUGACCAAAGACUCUUUUAUUGACAUUGCCGUGUGACAAGGACCAUUAUUGUGAUGCAAAACACAGUUGUUCGUGCUCUUAUGAACGACGGCUUGGCAGAAGAUCAUUAACAUCAUUUGCUAUGAUAGUUGGCGGGAUAUGUUGCAUUAUAGCAGUAAGUCUACCAGAAGGAUCACUUUCUACCGGUUUUGUCUUCGCGGGAAAAUUCUUGAUUGCCGGCUCUUUUGCGAUUUUGUACAACUACUCUGCUGAGUUAUUUCCAACUGUGAUAAGAAAUUCUGCUAUGGGUCUAGGUUCAAUGUGUGCAAGAACUUCAGGAGCUCUAACUCCCCUGAUAACUCUUCUGGAUUCUUUCGACCCUAAGAUGCCAGCUAUAAUAUUUUCAGUAAUAGCACUUAUCUCCGGUGCGUUCGUUAGCCUCCUGCCAGAGACACUGGGCAAACCGAUGCAGCAGACUAUAGAAGAUGGCGAAUCGUUUGGUGUUGGAGACACCUGUUUCAGUGCAUUGUGCAUAAAAAGGAUCAAAGAUGAAGAUGAUGAUACGAAAUCAAAGAUGGAUAUGGAAGCAAACAACGCAAAAUAUUGACAUUGGGAACAAUAUUGAUGAUACUUUUCCCAACAAGCAGCCUUGCAAGUUGCUGCAUAUUGGAAUGUUAAAUAACGUCUUUCUGUUCUUUGUAAUGAGUUGUCCAAUAGAUAACGCGGGACUAUACCUAGCUCUAAAAACUUAUUCAGCCGAAAAAUAAAAUGUGCCACGAAAAAUAUCCAGGAAGGUUAUGUCGUUAUGUUUUGUAAAGAUAACGAAAUUGGAUGCGCAGUUACUCUUUGCGCACUUUUACAUCCACUUUCGUGUAUAACAUAUACUGAGAGAAAAUGGAAGUGCACAGUAAUGAUUUCUUGUAGAACAAAUAUGAUAAAAAAAUGUAUACAGGCUUUUUGAUUUGUGCAAACCCAUAAUUUAGUCCGGUGGAUUAUACAGGGUGUUCAUUUGACAACUUCCCACCACGGAUUUAUCGAAGACCACUGAUUAAAAGAAAAAACGCUGAGACACGUCAGAGGAUUUGUCAGAGGGGACAAUUUUUUACGCAAAAACUACUUCACCCUCUUUCACCCUCUGCCCCCAGGGUCAUCCCCUCAAAAUUUUUAAAUGACAAGGGGUAUCGAGUGAUAGCUUGUUUGAAAGGUCUUUUGAGGUCCUUUAUUUCAACGUUUGAUUUAUUGAAAUCGGUCUAUUCGUUUUCAAGUAAAUUAGAAACAUCUUUAUUUAUCUUAAUUUGUUCAGAUAUAAAACAAAAACACACCAAAUAUCACUUUUUAUUUCAAUAAGUGUUCAAAAUGUGGUGUUCAAAUUCCUGACGGACAUUCUCAAAAACGUGUUGUGGGAUAUAAUGCCAGCUUUCGAUGAUACAUUGAUGAAGUUCAUCCAAACUUUCAGGUUGAGGAGUAAACACGAUAUAUUUCAAAUGAUCCCAUAGAAAAGUCUAAUGGCGUCAAAUCAGGAGAUCUAGCAAGCCAUUCUAUAGGCCCUCUUCGCCCUACCCGUUUAUCUGGAAGCUCGUCGUCUAGCCGAACAGGAAGAACAUAGUGAGGAGGAGCGCCGACUUGCUGGAUAUAUAUUUCAGCCUCAUUAAGUAUAGGAUUUCCAUCCUCUUCGGUUUGGUUUUCCAUGCUUUCAGUGAUAAGCGGAUUGAUAGAUUUUUUCCAACAUAUCCAAAUAAAUGUCUCCAUUUAAACUUCCAUUAAUAAGCAAUGGCCCAAUCACUUUGUUUCCUAAAAGGCCUACCUAUACAUUGAUUUUUUGGGGGUACUGGGUAUGCCCUUUUACAAAAGCAUGAGCAUUUUCAUUGCUCCAAUAUCUGCAGUUAUGCUUAUUAACAAAUCCAUUUAGAUAAAAUGUGCAUUCAUCAGCAUCAAGCAGAUAUCUUUACAUGAAUGGUAUUUGUUCACAAAACUCAAUUCAAAAUUAUCUUCGGUUGACUCUUUUUUGAAUGGAUGAAAUUUAUGGAGUUUAGUGUGUACAGAACCUAAUGAAAUAUCAGUCGCAGCAACAAUUUUGCGUAUUGGAGUAUUAGGAUUUAUUCCAAAAUGACCCAAAACUUCAACUUGAGCGGCUUUAUCCAUAACUCUCCGAUUAUCACGUGUUUUUAUUUGAGUAAAUUUAGUAACAAGGUCCAAAACAUAUCUACGUGAAGUUAUCUUCCCCGGAUGUCUGGCGGUUUGCUGAGCACAUUGAUACUGAGCACCAUAAAUUAGAAUCAUUUCCACUCUUUCGGCUAGUGUGUAAACCAUUUUGGAAGUAAAAUCUGAAUCAAUAAAUUAAUUUUCACUAUCAAAAGAUUGUCACAAAGGUAACUGACAGCAAAUUAAAUUCUUUCUUUCCCUUAGCAACAAAUAACUUAAUAGGUAUAACAAUAAAUACAUCCCAGGAUAUCUGUGUUGAUGAAAAGAAUGCAGAAAAAAUUUGGGUUGUUAUUUGGUUCUUGCUACGUCUAGUCUUUCGAAUUGCUGUUUAUGUUUUUGGUCUCCGUUUUGAAUUAUAAACGAACUGUAGAUAACCCUAACAAGCAACAUUUUGAACACUUAUUGAAAUAAAAAGUGAUAUUUUCGUGAGUUUUUGUUUUCUAUCUGAACAAGCUAAGAUAAAAAAAGAUUUUGCUAAUUUUCUUAAAAACGAAAUUUAAAAAAUCAAGCGUCAAAAUAAAGGACUCCAAAUUCCUCUCAAGCAAAUUAUUACUCGAUACCCUUUGUCAUUUAAAAUUUUUAAGGGGAUGACCCUGGGGGGCAGAGUGUGAAAGUAGUUUUUGGUUAAAAAGUUCACAAAUCUUUUGACGUAUCUUGGCGUUUUUUCUUUUAAUCAGUGGUUUUCGAUAUAUCAGUGGCGGGAGGUUUUCAAAUGAACACCCCGCAUAAAAGAUAUGAAUUGUACCACCUGUUGUCAGAAUUAACUACUGAAACAGCGUAAUUUUACCAGGCUACAUUGUUGUAGUGCUUACAAGUUAGUAGGCUUGCCUGGAAGAUAUUUGACAUUCCUUUUCUAAAUAUAGCAAAAAUACCAUUUGUACUCGUUAAAUAAAGUAUUUUAUGUUAAUUCUAAUAUUCGCCUGGUAUCUGCCACCUUACCCGGCAUUUGAAACACCUAUUGUCACAAUAACUGUUGCUGCAAAAGCACCGUCUGCAUUCUCAUCUUCCAAUUUUCUCAACUGUAAAGAGUUCAGGAGAAUAUUGCAAGUUCGUAGCUUACUUAUAACUAAACUACAUAUAUCUUUAUGGAUACUCUUGAAACUUCAUUUCUUUAUUAAAUUAAGCACGAGUUUUGUUGACCUAUGGACAACUUCUAAUUAUGAAACCAGAACAUUACUUUAGGCUCAUUGGAGACAAUUAAAUGAUUCGAUAGUUUGGUAUUAACACGUGUUGUGUUAAUCAGUUUCAGGUUUACAUUAUGUGAUUGAUCUUCUACAAAUAUCAUUAGCUAUAUACAGGGUGCGACAGCAAAAUUUCCUUUUUUCAAAACCCAUUGUAUGAAUCAGAACAUUUUGGUUUUUUUUAUAUUGCAUGCACAUGCCUAAAGCUUUGCUUUAAAUAGCUUUGAAGAUCAAAUCAUAUUAGUGAUGUUCCCCAUUCUCCAUACACUGAAUAAAUCGAUUUCUGGCGUUUGUUAUGACCCUUCCAGCUUGGCACUCCUAAUGAUGGC